GGUGGGUAUUUGUGCCUCAGUCCCUGUGAAGGCCCUCAGUGCGCCUCCAGCCAACCACCCGCUCAGUCGACAGGCCAGGAGUUGACAGACGACCGACCAACUCACCUUCGAUUGUUGAACACCCGCACACCUGGUGAUCUGUGUCUCGGUCAGACAUGAAUAGACUGCACUUCGAUUUGAAUGUUGAAAGGUGAUUGAGAAACUGCAAACAGUUGUUGUGUACAAAGGCAGGUGGAGGGAGAGCUGUGAUCACGAUCGUCAGUCCUCGUGCCCACUGUUGUCGCCGUUGUCGUGGAGGACCUUUGAGGUGGAGAGCAGGUUCUAGGAUCACCUUUGUAUCAUGGCUGUGUCUACCUACCUGUGUCUACACCGGCGAUGUUUGUAUGUUGGUCAUAUCCAGUAGCACUGGCUGUAACUACAACAGCUCACUGUCACAAGGUACACCUGCAUUUUCUUUUCACUCCUUCAGCCUGAAUGUUUGACACACACACACGGCAGACAGCCUGCGAUCGAGGGCUUUUCCUUUGUUACCUGAGUGCAGUGAAGUGUGUCAGGGGCUCAAGACAGCUCGUUAGGUCUGGAAUCAACAAGGCAGUCGGUUACCAAGGAAACAAAUCGCCAUGACGACGUCCGACUGUGACGUCACGUUUUUCCUGGCGUCAGACGGCCGCGAGUGGGGAGACUACUGUCAAAGUGUUGUGGGCAGCUUCCCGGAAAUCGCCUACACCGUCCUCGAGGUCGACAAGCACGACCUAGACAAGCUGCCGGAUGUGACGUCAGCGUGCAGUCGCAGUCCCGUGUGGGUGUUGCUGGCGACCUCUCAGCUCCUUCGCUGUGUGCGCGAGACUUGGUUCUCCUCGCUGCUCACCUCACCUGCGGCCGCCAGCACCGUCGUCGUGGUCACCAUUGACGACGAGCGAAAUGUGCGUGACGUCUUCAGCAGUCCCCACGUGACGUCACGCUGGACAGUUCUGGACUGUGGCCAGAGGGAGGACGAGCUCCGCAAGAUGAUGGCUGCCCUGCUCAACAUCAUCGAGAACAGCCAGCGGCGUCAAGGCAAAGCUGACGUGGCCCUGCAGCUGUACCCUGAGAACAUUCGUGAACCCGGAACAAGCAUUGCCAUCGUUUUCAGUCAAGAGGUCACCAGUGAGGUCAAGGUCGUCGUGGGCUCUAGUCAAGCAUGUCCCGUCUCUCGCCUCAACUCGUGCGUCCUGACAUUCACAGCCCCAGUUAUGCCCCCUGGAACGUAUGACGUCAGUGUCAUGGUGGGCAGCCACACCCUGCACUGCGCCCUCACCUACCUGCCUGCAGACCAACGGGCCUUCGACAGUUGUCACUUCUUGCGUCAGUGUGUGGCCAUGACUGACCCGCGACCUCUCGACCUCUUCCUGGCCCACGCCGUCAGGCUGUGUCAGCAGCAAGUCAGGGACAUCUUCCUGGCCAGACGAGGUUUCUACAAGGCGCCUGGGAAACUGUUUCCAACUUCCAUUCACUUUGCGGCUGCCAACGGACUGAGUGAGUUUUGCUCAGCGUUGAUGAACAUCACCGGAAGUCGGGAGGCGAGCAGAGAGUCAACUGUCAGCAGGACAACGCGGCCGGCCUCGCUCUUGACAACGAUUUCAAGGAACUGGCGGCGACGAUUAGCAAGGCUGGUGAGCCAGAGGACACGGUGAACCCCGGCUACGUCUCCCUGAGUUCUCCAGUGCUGGACGACCCUCCACCUCCGCCUUGUUUACCUCGAGCAACCAAGUGGUCCGACGACCCCGCGACACUGGUGGGGGACAGUAGAGGGGUCAACUGCCGGCUCGUCCACGACAUUCUUCAGACAGCACCGCCAGAGGUCUGCACACAAGACCGCAGUUCGGCUCGGUGCCAGACAUGAGUGUCCUGCCAGCGCUGGACCCCAGAUGGCGACCCCAGGGUGGCUACAGGAGCCCAGCAGGUGUGAUGACCACGUCACCACCUGAGGUCCCCAGACAGCGGCUGUACCAGCCUAACAGACGAACUCACUCGGCACUUUCAAAGACCAGGUCGGUAGAAGAGGACAUGUACGUGAGCCCGCUGUGUGGCCCUCUCACCACCAGACGUCGCGCACCUCUCCUCAAAGGCCUCAGCCAAGACAGCGCCCAGA